GGGGAGGCGGCGGCGGCGGGAGGGGGCGCUGGAGGGGCAGAGGGGGCACCCACUUCCUCCUGUUCGCCGGCUCCCUGGCCUGGGACGGUCCCGGCGCCCUCGCAGCCGCCCCGGGCACCGCCGCCUCCCGCCGCUUCGCCUCCCUCUUCCCCCUGCACACACACCCCCGCCGGCGCCCGCCCUCGCCCGGCGCCGCCGGUCUGCUCGGCCCUCCGGGCCCCCCUCUCCAGCCGGCCCCCGCCUCCCCGGAGCCAGGCUGGUUUCGGAAAUGCCCUUACAGCAGCAGGCCAAGCGAAGGCUGGAGCUGGGAGAAAGCGGUCAUCAGUACCUCUCAGAUGGUUUAAAAACCCCCAAGGGCAAAGGAAGAGCUGCACUCCGAAGUCCCGACAGUCCUAAAACUCCAAAAUCUCCCUCAGAAAAAACGCGGUAUGACACGUCCCUUGGUCUGCUCACCAAGAAGUUCAUUCAGCUGCUGAGCCAGUCGCCCGAUGGAGUCUUGGACUUGAACAAGGCGGCCGAGGUGCUGAAGGUGCAGAAGCGAAGGAUCUACGACAUCACGAACGUCCUGGAAGGCAUCCACCUCAUCAAGAAGAAGUCCAAGAACAACGUCCAGUGGAUGGGCUGCAAUCUGUCUGAGGACGGGGGCAUGCUGGCCCAGUGCCAAGGCCUGUCAAAAGAAGUGACAGAGCUCAGUCAGGAAGAGAAGAAGUUAGAUGAACUGAUCCAAAGCUGCACCCUGGACCUCAAACUGUUAACCGAGGAUUCAGAGAAUCAGAGGUUAGCUUAUGUUACAUAUCAAGAUAUUCGAAAAAUUAGUGGCCUUAAAGACCAAACUGUUAUAGUUGUGAAAGCCCCUCCAGAAACAAGACUUGAAGUGCCUGACUGCGUGGAGAGCCUACAAAUACACUUGGCAAGUACCCAAGGACCCAUUGAGGUCUACCUGUGUUCAGAAGAGACUGAAACGCACAGUCCCGUGAAAACAACCAACCAAGACCACAAUGGGAAUAUCCCAAAAUCCACUUCCAAAGACUUGGCUUCACCCAACUCAGGACCUCGUGACUGCUCCGUUUCUAUGGCGAGCCUUUCUCCUCUGGCCUCCCCGGCCAACCUCCUCCAGUACACUGAGGACCAAAUCCCUUCCAACCUGGAGGGGCCCUUCGUGAACUUGCUGCCUCCGCUGCUGCAGGAGGACUACCUGCUGAGCCUGGGGGAGGAGGAGGGCAUCAGCGACCUCUUCGACACCUACGAUUUGGAAAAGCUCCCGCUGGUGGAAGAUUUUAUGUGUAGUUGAUUACACUCCGUGUGUGAAUGCUCCUUACAAACCGCUAUUUUUUUAAUCACGGAAGCAGAACAUCUGUCAUGCAGUGUUGUCCCUCCUACCUUUCUCCUCCAAGAGAGUAUCAUGAAGUAAACUACAAACUUCAGAACAAAGCUGACAUUUUGAUGAA